ACAAAAAAACAAUUAUUAUAUUAUUACUGUGUAUGAGUGUGUGUGUGUGUGGACAGAUUCGUAGGCGGCUGACAGCUCACGAGAUUGACAUCAAAGACUUGGAGACAGCAGUUCGAGGCCAGGGACAGGAGUCACCUCGGAAGAAAUUGCUCGCCUGAGGCGAUUACAGAUUGAACCAGAUCAGUAUGACCUGGACAUGAGCAAAGAGCUGAUGGCUCCUGAAAACGCUCUGAUCCCAGAGCGUUACCUGGAUGUGGAGGAUAACACUCCUCUGAGCCCCGAGGAACAAAAGGAGAAGCAGAAGAAACUGGAACGGAUCAAAACCCUCAUUGCCAAAUCAAAUUUGCAGAACAUGGUUCCUCUCCUGGACGGCCCGGUGGAGGGUGGAGCUCCAGUCAGUUCCCAGCAGCAGCUGCAAGAGCAGGAGAAGCGCAUUGAGCUAUCCUGUGCUCUGGCUGCUGAGGCGUCUCGCCGCAGCCGUCUUCUCUCUGCCCAGUGUGCCCCAAGUUCCCCUACCUCCCCAACCAGCCUGGCACCUCCCCCUUCCUCUGCUGACUUCCCCAACUCUGCCCACAUCAUGAAUGUGUGAAUCAUACAAGCUCAAGCCCUAGCUUCUGUAAAGUUUGAUGGAGCCACUUUCUGAGUAAUCACUGGACAACUGAACAAUGAAGAUAUGAAGAUGGCCCCAGACAAAUUACUUUAGCACCUAAAAACUAAACAACAAAAACACAGAAAGCUGUGGAUGGAUGGAAUGGAAGACUAUAAAGACUUGCAAACUCACCUCCCCAUCUCCAGUUCAUCCAGUUCACAAUGGCCUCCCACUAUGUGUGCCCUGUAGCACAAAGGAACGCUCCAGAUGUCUUACCAUCUUAAAAUUAUGAAAUAUUUCUAUAUAAUUUAGCUCAGGACACACCUACAAAGUAGAGAUUACUGAUUAACUACAUUGUUGGUGAGAUGUUUUGCACUCUUAAUGACAAAAUGUCAUUGAACAUUUCUAGAUUCAACAUUCAGUUCAGAAGAAAAGACUGAAUAUGUGAGGCCCAUGUAGAGGGGCAAUGAAAAGAGCUGCAGAAAUUAAUCUAGAGAAAGAAUUGGAGAAGGAUGAGGCCAUAUGAACAUAUGUCACUGAGUUCGAUUAAUGGACAAGAGUCUAAACCCUACAGAGAAACUUUGAACAUGCUUCUGGACUCUAAACAUAAAGGAAGGCAUUCAUUCCAUACCAUCAAAUCUGCAUAUCAACCACCAAUGGGUUGUGGCACAGUGAGGGGUGGUGCUCAGGGCAGGCUUAGAGGCUCAGGGCCCCCACUGACAUAUUUUGAUCCUUUGACAACUGAUAAAGUGUAGCCUCUCAUCCUUUUUAAAAAGCUGAAAACUCUCCUUCUGAAGUCACUAUGAUGUCUGUUUCACUCAAACCUCCAACCCCUACAUUACUCCCAUCACUAUCAACUUCACUCUCAAUUACACUCAUAUGCAACCUUUAGUUUUCCAUACAUUUAAUUGGGUCAAAUGUAAUGUUACAUUUAUAAUAUUUUGCUUCCCUGAAUCUCUUGAAUCUUUCACACCAAACUGGUGGGCUUCCCACACACAAGGGUGAGUCCUUCCUGCAACUACCAGGUUCCAACCCUGUGGUCCACAGACGUUUCCUUUGCUGUGUGUCAUUCACCCUCUCUCUGCCUGCCUUCCUGUCUGUCUUCAGCUCUCUCAAGUUGAAAGCCGCCCAGAGUUACCAGUGAGUCUGAAGUGAGUUCAUUCAGCCAUGUCUUAGUGAUGCUACAUACAUACACCCUCUGUAACCUGGUUAGCACUGUUAGCUCCUUAAUCUUAUGUUCCCCAUAAUAACAGCACAGGUCAGCAUAUCUGGGGAUAAAACAUUUACUUUUGUCACAAAACCUGGAGGAAAAUCAAGCAAUUCAGAUUGUAAGACUGAAAUGUUACUGAAUUCAUUGCAUUAUGGGCAUUGUCACAUCUUCAUGGUGGAGUAUUGUUAGACACUACAGACUUGUUUAUUGUGGCUGGACUAGAGGUGUCAGACAGGAAGUGACCUGAUUUUCCCCAUUAUAAUAAAGAACAUGACACCAUCUUCUAUAUUUAGGCUGCAACACAAUUUUUUUACCCCAGACUCAACAAGCCAUUGCCAAUUCAGUUUCUUCAGCGUGUGCUCAUGCAAACACACUCUGAGACAAACUCCACAUCAAAAACUAAUCUAUACAUCUCAUAUUUCUGUACUGUUUUGGCACAGAAUGUUGGCACUCAGCAUACAUCUCUAAUCUAGAACUGAUGCAUAUGCAUAUGAAUAUGAAUAUCUAUGAGACAGUUGCUUCCUGAAGGGAUCACCUCACCACCAGCCACUGUGUGUACCUUUAGCAUUUAAGCAUUAAGCAUCCAGUUCAGUGGACCGCAUCGAAAUUCUGCAAUUGAUUGUCUACAUGUAGGUAAAGUAUGUUGGAUAUGUGUUUAUAAAAGCUACACUGUAUGUGGAAAGUGAAAAUAGAAGUGACCUUAGAAGUGUAACUCUGCUAGAAAAAAACAAUUGUGAAAAAACGUCUGUGUAAGGAGGAGUUCGCUGAUAAUGCAGUUAUUUGAGUGGAAUUAUUAAAAUACUGUCAUGUAACAUAUCCGAACAACAUUUCAGCCAACAAUGCAGUGCCAUAAGUCUAAAACAUGUCUGUGUGUGUGUUGUGAUGAAUGGACAUAUUAAUGACAAAAGAGGCAAUGUUUGAAUCUGGGAGAAUGAUUAUUAAAUGAUUUAUUGUACCAAUGAGUGUUGGACAUUUUCAAAAAUCUAAUCUUUAUCUAGAAAUGGCCAAUCUUUCAUCAUAAAAUUCUUUUGAAAUACAUGUAUUAUGUGAAUAAAGUAAAUAAUACAUUAUUACAUUUAAAUUACAUCCUAAGUUUGAAUGCAGAAAUUAACCAAACUGUUUUAGUACAUUCUAUUUGGAAGCCACUGAUUAAACAGGAUCAGUAUGUGAAUGGGGAUGGAGUUGUGACUAUAUCUACUGAUAUUUUAUGAGUGGCUGUGAACUGAAAGUGGAGAGUUUGAUAUUCUAAUGUUACACAUCCUUAGAAAGUCAUUAUGAUCUGUACUAUAAACUCGGGAUGUGUUCAAACUGUCACAGGAUCUUGGCAUCUCUCUAAGUCAGACCAUAUUUCUUGUUCAACUUCCUCCAGAUUAAGGAUGAAGCAACCACACACAUACACACCUCUUCCUCUUGUUGUGUCUGUGUUAUUUAUAUUUACUACUCCUGUUUUUCCCCUCAUGCACUUAUAUUUUCAAGUGACCUGUCUUUGUAGAAAGUUUUUGUCUGUCCAAACUCAGAUUCAAAGACAAUAUUUUAAAGAAAAUGAAAUUUUAUGUGGAAAUAAAGCUAGUUAACAGCUCUCAUAACGCAAAAAUAAAAAAG